CCCUCGUGUAUUUCCCUCGUCCUCGAGCAGCCUCUUCGCAGCCGCUUACGGGCGGCCCGCCUGCCUUUCGCCAGAAAAUGUCUGAAACAGGUAGAACUUCAUGUCCACUUGGAUGGAGCCAUUAAAGCAGAAACUAUUCUAUACUUUGGCAAGAAAAGAGGAAUACGUCUCCCUGCGGAUACUGGAGAAGGCCUUCUACAACAUAUUAGUUAUAAUAUGCCGCUCAGUCUCACUGGCUUUCUUUCAAAGUUUGCUUUAUACAUGCCAGCGAUUGCAGGUGACCGAGAAGCUGUGGAAAGAAUUGCUUAUGAGUUUGUGGAAAUGAAAGCAAAGGAGGGAAUUAUCUAUGUUGAAGUGAGGUACAGCCCUCAUCUCUUUGCCAAUUGUGGAGUAUAUCCUAUCCCAUGGAACCAAAAAAAGGGAGAUCUUACUCCAGAUGAAGUGGUUAGCCUUGUUAAUCGAGGAUUAAAAGCUGGAGAAAAGGCUUUCAACAUCAAAGCCAGGUCUAUUCUAUGCUGCAUGCGCAACAUGCCAAGCUGGUCGCCAGAAGUAGUGGAACUGUGUAAGAAGUAUCAGAAUGAUUCAGUAGUUGCUAUAGACUUAGCUGGUGAUGAAUCAAUAAUUGCUGAGACUUGCCCAGAACAUCGAAAAGCUUAUGAGGAAGCUGAAAAAUGUGGUAUUCAUCGGACAGUUCAUGCCGGAGAGGUUGGAAAGCCCCAGGUCAUCCAAGAGGCAGUCAACAUCCUUAAGGCAGAACGAAUUGGCCAUGGCUAUCACAUCUUUGAUGAUGAACAGCUUUACAAACAGUUGUUGAAACAAAAUAUACAUUUUGAGCUCUGUCCUUGGUCUAGUUAUCUCACUGGAGCAUGUAAAACCACCUUCUGUAAUCAUCCCGUAAUAAGAUUUAUGAAGGAUGGUGCAAAUUAUUCUUUGAACACCGAUGAUCCACUCAUUUUCAACUCCACAAUUGAUACAGACUACAGAAUAGCUCGGGACUCCAUGAACUUUACAGAAGAGGAAUUCAAGAGAUUGAAUAUAAAUGCAGCGAAGUCCAGCUUCUUGAUAGAGAAAGAGAAAAAGGAGCUUCUGUACAAGCUAUAUGAAGCCUAUGGGAUGGUAAAAAGCAAAGAAUUCUGAUCUCUUCUGUGCUAGCUGGUGUGAACUUUUUUCUUGACCAAUUUUAUGCUUGUCCAAGAUCUUUGUUUUGCUUCUUGGAAGACAAUGUGCAAACCUUUUUUAAUUAUUAUUACCUUAUUAUUAUUAUUACCUUAUUAUUAAGUAUUAUUACCUUGUUUACUCAUAUUAUCCACAGGGCAGGGCAUGUACCAUAGAUAUACAAAACAGUAUUCUUAUAAUGGUAGGUACUGUGUGUUUAAUUUUAAUUUUUUAAAGCUGGAAUAUAAGCUGCUCAGGCACCUAGAGGUUGGAAUAUAUACAUUUAUUGUAAUUACAUUCAUUUAAGUUCCAACUCUGGUACACCAAUUUUACAGGCCAUUUAUUGUUUCAAAAGCUUACCAGAAGGUCAAAUGAACUGUUUAUAUGCAACAGCAGACAAAGCCUAUUUCAGACACUUUUUAAAAUCAUUUUUUAAAAACAAUCUGCCUCACUAAUUUAUCUGCAAGUGGUGUUUUCUAUGCACUCUUAUAUUACUGAAAGGAAGAAAGAUCAUAAAUAUUUAUUACCACUGAAUUUUUUUUUUAGAACAUCACAUUAUACUCAAAAAUCUUAUAAAAACAAGCAUGUUAUCUUAUUUAAUUUGAUUAUCUAUUGAUUUUAUUUCUGUACUUUAUUUUUCUUACAGUAAAUAUCAAUUCAGUUUUUUUUCAAUUUCAUUCAUUUCUGUGGUGUCAAAAUGUAAAAAUAGAGUCUUUGAUCCGGAGAAAAUUGUGUGGGAGAAGUGCUUAUAAUACAAAUUCAGCAUUUGCCUUCUCAAAACCAGUCUUGCCUAAAAUGUCUUAUGCUGGAGAUGUGCCAUGGGAAAAACAGUAUUUUAAGAAAUGGUAUUUCACAGAAUUUCUAUUCAUUUUGGGAUUUUAUAGAAAUGAAGAUUUAAAGUUUGUAUUCCCGCGUAUUUACUGAGCCAUUUGCCUUGUUCCUUACCUGCACUAUACUGCUUAGUUUAACUGGGAAUUAUGUGACUAAACUAUAUAAUACUGACAUUUGUUUGUUUGUUUUUUAUUCAGACCAACAGCAAGGUAACAUUAUCUAAUGGUGCUCAGUUACCUUGUUUUAACUGUGGCAGCUGCUUAGUAGAGUGAUACCCAAAUAAAUUAGACUAAACAGCUAGUACCAAACUGACUAUUUUGCUGGAUUUUGUUCCAUAAAGAAAUUUAAAAAAUGGUUUAAAUGUAAGUGCUUCAGUUUAACUGGACUAUGAGUAAAGCUGUAACCAAAUAUCUUAUAUGUACUAUAACGAAACAAUUCUGUUUUGAGCAGGAAAAUACAGUACCAAAUGUAAGGCUAAAUCAUAGCAAUACAAGGCAAGAAUUCUCCUUCCCAAAUAGAUAUGCUGGAUGCCUUUAGUAAUUGUAACUUUUUAUUUUGCGUGUUUAAUUUUUUUUUUAAAAAAGAAACAAUCCAUGAAGUUCCUAUUUAUCUGCUCAGGAACUUAGAUCCAGGUUUUUAUAUUACAGUAUGGAUGUCUUGUACAUUCAAGGAUUAAGUUAGUAUACCAUGAAAUUUGCCUCUUAGAUCGAUUCACACUUUUUGUUGCAGAACAUCCCAAAUAUAAGGUCUAAGGGCUUGGAUCUCAAUUUAGUAUUAUGUGCAAAUCAUACUGUUGUAUGUUUCUCUACCCUUGCAAGUAGCAGCAACAUGAAGUUGGGGUGGGAAGUCAUUGUGACAUCAAGGCACGGUAAUUUCUAAUAAUGAAGAGAGGGUGGUAGCUAAGCACUCAACUGCCAUUUUCAGGAGCAGCUGCACAUUUAGCAUAUUUCAGUUCAGAGACAAAU